AUAGUCUAUACUGGUAAUUAAACACCAUUGAUAUAAUUAAGAUGGUCGGAGAAGUUGGAGAGACGGCGGAGAAGGGUGGUAGCAUACGGAGGUGGAGAAUGACGACGGUGGUGCCAUUGUUGAGGGUUCUUGCAUUGUUUGCCACAGCUGCUGCUACAGUUGCUAUGGCUCUUAACAAAGAAACCCACACUUUCACUGUCGCUACCAUUGGGAAUACACCUGUCAAAAUCACCCUCACUGCCCAGUUCCAACACACCCCUGCAAAUGUAAUGUUUGUAAUCGCUAAUGGUGUAGCAACUCUUUAUGGUCUCGUGAUGUUAGCACUGAGUUUUGUUAUCCAUAAGUACAAUCUCAAGGGCCCUUGGUUUUUGACUGUCGCUACGUUGGACAUGGUGACGAUUGCAGUCGUAUCAGGUGCUGCGACUGCGGUUGCUUUCAUGGGGGAACUAGCAAGAAACGGCAACUCUCAUGCACGUUGGAACAAAAUAUGUGACAAUUUCCAAAGAUAUUGCAACCAAGGAUCUGGAGCCAUGCUUGCAUCUUAUAUCGGGAUCUUCUUCCUCAUGCUCGUCAACAUGGUCCACAUCUUUCAACUUAAAAGACUCAACAAUCUUAAAAAUGCUAUAGCUGCAUGAUCGAUGUGUUAGUUACGUAUUCAUGUGUGUCAUGUAUCAAUGGUUUGUAAAUGAGCUUUGUAUCUUUCGUAUUGUGCUUUUUCGUUCCAAAAUGUAUUAGUUUACUAUUUCGGCUA